GUAAUUGAAAAGUGGAAAAUUGGAAAUUCAUAUAAUUUCGUGGAAAAUUUUGUUACUGUACGUAUUGAAUUUGCUGAAGGUGGGUCAACGAUAACAACGCUUGUUUGAAAUAGCUACGUACCUACUUUAUAACUUUACAAUGCCUCAUAGUCAUUGCCAUGGACAUGAUUGUGAUCAUGGGAGCACAGCUGAUGAACUUGGGUUACAGUAUAAUCUGUAUGAAAAAAUAGAUAAAGAUAAUUUGCAGUGCCUAAAUGAGAGUGUAGAUGGUUCUGGCAAAACAGUUUUCAAGCCCUGGGAUAAAAGAUUGGACAGAAGUAAUUUUGUCGAAAGUGAUGCUGAUGAAGAAUUACUUUUUAAUAUACCAUUCACAGGAAAUGUCAAACUUAAAGGUAUUAGAAUAGCAUCUGAAGACACGGACUCCCAUCCAUCAAAAAUGAGAUUGUUUAAAAACAAACCAAAUAUGACAUUUGAUGAUGUUUCAAUGGAACCUGACCAGAUGUUUGAGCUGCAAAGGGAUACAGAAGGAAACUUGGAGUAUACACCAAAGGUUGUGACAUUCUCAUCAGUGUCUCAUUUAACAAUACAUUUUCCUAGUAAUUUUGGUGCAGACACUACAAAAAUAUAUUACAUUGGUUUGAAAGGUGAAUGGACCCCAGGCCACAAGCACGGAGUGACAAUAUGUACAUAUGAAGCUCGGCCGAUGCUCGAUGACCACAAACUAAAACAUUUAAAUUCUGUGAAUAGAGCAAUAGACUAAGAAUUUUUGGAAAUCUUAAGAAAUAUAUUUAUAAUAAUU